GAAUUGAUCUGGACAGCUAUAAAUAAAUAAUCUGCGCCAACGAGUCAACAGCCUCAUUGAGCUUAGCAUCAGCGAAGUGUUAAGUUCAAGACAAUAGUUUCAUUUAACAAAAUUUACAAUUUGUUGAAAGGAAGCUUCUAACAGAAAGGAUAAAAUGAAACUCUUUGUGGUGGCGUUCGCUGUGUGCCUGGCUUCCCUGGCCUUUGCUCAAUCUGUACCCGCUGAUGGCGUCGAGCCAUCCGCCGAGUAUUUGCCACCAGUCGGUGAUGAAUCGGCACCACUUGCCGAUGAUGGUUACCGUUAUAAGGCUGUGCGUCGUCUGAAGUAUCGUCAUCGUCGUGAGGUUCCCUCAGAAGAAUACUUGCCACCAGUAGCUGAACCCAGCGCAGAAUAUUUACCACCAGAGGGUGCUGAAACCCGUGUCGCUGAUGAUGGUUAUCGUUACAAGACUGUACGCCGCUUGAGAUUCCGUGCUCGUCACCGUCGUGAUGUUUCUGAAUUGACUUCACUGCCAUCUGCUGAAUACUUGCCUCCAGUUGAAGUUGAGUUGGCUCCUGAGUUGAAGACCGUUUUGGGUGAUGAUGGUUACCGUUAUAAGGCAGUGCGUCGCUUGAAGUACCGUCGUCAUCGUCGUGAAGCUGAGGCUGCUGAGGAAGUCGCUGUCGCUGAAAGCGCUGAUGCUCCCAAUGGUGAAUACUUGCCCCCUAGUAAUGAUGUCGCUGAUGUACCAGAAGUAAAAAGCGCCGAGUUGGCUCAAGAUGGUUACCGUUAUAAAACUGUGCGUCGUCUGAAGUACCGUCGCAAUCGUCGUGAAGCUGAGGCCGCCGAAGAGGUUGUAGCUGCCGAGAGUGCUGAUGCGCCCAAUGGUGAAUACUUGCCUCCUAGUAAUGAUGUCGCUGAAGUACCAGAAGUGAAAAGCGCCGAGUUGGCUCAAGAUGGUUACCGUUAUAAAACGGUGCGUCGUCUGAAGUACCGUCGUAAUCGUCGUGAAGCUGACGCUGCUGAGGAAGUCGCUGCCGCUGAAGGUGCUGAUGCACCCAAUGGUGAAUAUUUGCCACCAAGCAAUGAUGUUGCCGAAGUACCAGAAGUGAAAAGCGCGGAGUUGGCUCAAGAUGGUUACCGUUAUAAAACGGUGCGUCGUCUGAAGUACCGUCGCAAUCGUCGUGAAGCUGAGGCCGCCGAAGAGGUUGUAGCUGCCGAGAGUGCUGAUGCGCCCAAUGGUGAAUACUUGCCUCCUAGUAAUGAUGUCGCUGAAGUACCAGAAGUGAAAAGCGCCGAGUUGGCUCAAGAUGGUUACCGUUAUAAAACGGUGCGUCGUCUGAAGUACCGUCGUAAUCGUCGUGAAGCUGACGCUGCUGAGGAAGUCGCUGCCGCUGAAGGUGCUGAUGCACCCAAUGGUGAAUAUUUGCCACCAAGCAAUGAUGUUGCCGAAGUACCAGAAGUGAAAAGCGCCGAGUUGGCUCAAGAUGGUUACCGUUAUAAAACGGUGCGUCGUCUGAAGUACCGUCGUAAUCGUCGUGAAGCUGACGCUGCUGAGGAAGUCGCUGCCGCUGAAGGUGCUGAUGCACCCAAUGGUGAAUAUUUGCCACCAAGCAAUGAUGUCGCUGAAGUACCAGAAGUGAAAAGCGCCGAGUUGGCUCAAGAUGGUUACCGUUAUAAAACGGUGCGUCGUCUGAAGUACCGUCGUAAUCGUCGUGAAGCUGACGCUGCUGAGGAAGUCGCUGCCGCUGAAGGUGCUGAUGCACCCAAUGGUGAAUAUUUGCCACCAAGCAAUGAUGUUGCCGAAGUACCAGAAGCGAAAAGUGCAGAGCUGGCGGAAGAUGGCUACCGUUAUAAGACUGUGCGUCGCAUCAGAUACCGUCAUCGGCAAUAAACUUACGAGUUAUUAUUGAAACAUUAAUAGACUCGACUAUAUAAAUGGACUCGUGUAUAUGAUUAUGAAUUUGAACGACUUGGAUGAGAGUUAUGGAAAACUCUCAUAUCUUAUACGAUAAAUUAAGUGUGAAUACGCUUUAUACGAUUUUUGUUUAAGUUUAAGUUUUUUACUGCAAUGCAAGAAUAAAAAAUUAUUCAACAAAAAA